AUGUCCUUUGUCAAUCCAGACAACCUCAUCGCCGUCGCCCUCGUCAUCAACCGGUCGCGCGACGGCCCAACCUUUGUCUUCCAUUACCCGGCUGCCGUCCUUCCCGUUGGCGACGACGCCGACCACCCCGGCGAUGCCGCCGACUGCGAGGACAUGCUUCUCGAGAAGCUGUCGCGGCCGCUCUUUCGCGACGCUGUGGACCGCUCUCCGUCCAACAGCAAGCACAGCCACGCCCGCAGACACAACCACGACGAGCACACAAUGUCCGAGUCCGGCACACAGACGGUCCCCUGGGAAAGCGUCGCCGGAUUUCCCACGCGCGAUCUCGCUGGAAUCCUGACCCCCGCGCGGCCCUACCAUAAGAAGCUCUUCCAGCUCUCGCUCGAUCCGCUCCUCUGCGUAUCCUACCCCAUUCACGUCCCCGAAAGCGGCAAAUGGAAAAAGGCCAAGAAGAGCAAAGCCGGCCGCGCACUGUCGGCCAUGGACGACGACGCCCCAGCGACAUCGCGGGCGCCAUCAAUUGCUAUUUCGGCGGCGUCUGCGCCGACCGACUCGGAUGGUUUAACGGAAAAAGACAAGGACAAGGCCAAUGACAAGGAAAAGGACAAGGACAAGGACAAGGACAAAAAGGACGAAGACGAGGAGAAGAGGAGCUCCAUGACCAUGUUCAACUUGGUCUUUAUACUACGACCCAAAAAGGACCAAACCAGAGAGCUUGUCGAUGCCCUCUACUCGAAUAUAGCAAAAAAAGUGAACAAGGCCUUUAAAUACAGCCAGCAGCACAGUGACUUUGUGUGGAAAGAAUCUAAGAAGAUUCUGGCCACCAAGGACCGCGCGCGCGAAGAUAAGAAACGAAUGAGUGACCUCUGGAAAGAGCUCCGGGAGCAGUCCUCCCUCGCCGCCUCUGUCCAAGACAUCUACGAGGCCAUUUCGCAGAAUCGCAUCGCCACGCUGCAUCUCGACACCGCCGCCGGCGUGCUGAGCCCGUCGGUACAAAUACCCGCACCGUUCUACGUCGCUGAUCUACCGCCCGACGAGGCCAAGCGCGCGCGGGGCCUGUGGCUCACGACCGCCAACGCCUUUCUCACACAGGAUGCCCUUGAGGAGCCGGGCUUCCUCGAUCGCAACUUUGGCCUGCUGCUCAUGGAGGACGAGAAGAAGAUUGUCACCGAGCUGCAACUGCAGGCCGAUGGCGACCCGAGUGCGCUGCCCAUGGUGGAAUUUGUGCGCCUCUCCAAGCCGACGAUGAGCUUUUACCAAGUCGGUCAGAGUAAUAUCCUGAGCCUCUCACAAGUCCGCAAGUUUGCGCAGCACUUUAUAUUCUGGCGGCGCGCCAUUGCCAUUCCGCCGCUGCAUGCGCGCGACACAUACAUCGUCUCCCCGAAUUGCGACCUGACGCGGCUGCCCGAGGCGUCGGCCGAGUGGCAGAACGCAUUCCCGCUCGCGCCACCGCUCCCCAACUUCCUCUCCGACAUGUCCGUGUGUCCGCGGCCGUAUAAGACGUUUUGCCCGAGCAAGGUCCACCGCCCACUGUACCUGCGCAUGUUGGCGUGGCUGAUGCGCGGCGGCUGGGUCACGCAGCUGUGCACCUUUGCGUACGUCGUCGUCUGGCCGGAAAUCAUCUACCAGGUCGACUACGAGAUGGAGGCCGAGGAGCUUGAGGGCCCGACACCGUCCACGUCGCCGCGCUCGGCCGGCGCCGAAUCCUCCGUCUCGCCCAUGACGAGCAGUGCCGCCGCUACCGCCGCCGCCCUUGCUCGUCCACACAACGAGCACCCCCGCAUCCCCGACGACGAGGAUGAGGACGACGUCGACGACGAGGACAAAAUCGGCGCCGUCCUCUCCCCGACCAGCACCAGCUCGGCCCUCUCCGCCUCCCUCGCCCACGCCGCCGAGUCCAAGGCCCGCCAGGCGAGCAUCACUAGCACCGCCCCCUCCGACAGCACCACUGCGGCUAGCAUCUCGCUACCCUCCACGAGCGGCGCCGUGCCCAUCCCCAGCACGACGGAGCGCGCCGCCGAGGCUGCGCGCCUAGAGCGCAUCGCGCAGCGCGUGUCCCGCGAGGCCGCCGACAAGGCCGCCGCGCACGCGCGCAAGGCCGUCCCCGAGGCCACGGCGCACCCGUCCACCAACUGCAGCCCGCACCUCGCCGGCAUCGCGCCGCACAUCAUCCUCGACGCCAAGAAGACGACGGGCCAGGAGUCGCGGUACCUGGCCGCGAUUGCGCUGCGGCUGCGUGACGAUCGCGUGAGGCAGGCGUGGGGCAGCAUGUGCCGGUACUUUGACGGGCACUGUGCCUUGGAGAGGGUCGCUCUGCAGGAGGAGAUGAAGCGUAAGGAGGCUUGGAUGCUCCUCACUGCCAUGAGCGAGUACUUGAUCUGCACGAGGCAUUGGUAG